AUGCCGACUCAAUCCCCCACUCCUCUGACACCGAAAGGCCCUCGGAACAAUCGUCGCAAUCAGAAGAAAACCACAACACCUUCAGCUCAGAAUGCGUCAACACUCGCGACACCUCCCUCAUCACCCCCACGAACCUUGAGUCCCAGGGAUACGACGACUGAUUCUUCGGGCGCCAUCACCCUGUCCAAGAAAAAGGGAAAUCGAUCUACAAAGAAGCCGCGCGAUACCUCCAGAAUGUCUCCAGUCAACAAAUCCAGCCACCGCCACACCUCCUCACAUCCGAACAAUAACAUUACAACGCCCCAUUUGAAGGACACUCAUUAUGCGGGCCCAACCUUCCAUGCAUCCCCCGCGCCUUCAGCUCUGCCUAUCCCAAGCUUCUUUUCCAAGUCAUUCCCCGAUUCUGAUCUCGCGCCCACCUUGGAGCAUGAUGGCGACAGUUUCGAUGUCGAUGGGGAUCUUGAGAAUACGCCCUCCAAGCCCAAAUCGCGCCCACUUAUUCCACAGGAGGAGCGGGAGUCGACACCCCUUGAUUUUCUUUUUAAGGCUGCGGUUGAAGCUCGAAGAUCCCAGUCUCAGCCAAGCCCUGAAUCUAGUCCUAGAGGCCAGUCACCGCAAACCGAUUCCAAGGCAAUUCAAACCCGGCAGUUCGCCAACGACACCAGUGGUAUGUUUCCAUUGGAAAUGGGAGGCCAGGAUCUACACAACGCCCAAAUCGGGCCUUCGUUUGCACCGUCCUACAGAGAUCGUAUGAACGCUCUCCGAUCAGCUAGCUCUCCAUCUCCGACCUUGCAGGGUCUUAAUGAAGACGAGCGGAAGGCCAAAACAGAAGCGUUAAAGAGUUUGUUGCUCAACCCCCGCCCUCAGCGACCAUCGUCUACCUCUCACUCGAACCAAGAUCCGGUCAAUCACGCGCAUAAGCGGCCAGGCCUCAAUACGAUGGUCCCGCAUUUUGCGACACCCUUAAGGACCAGCUCGGGCCCACCCAUAAUAAACCCUCAUGCGGAUGCGUUGGGCAACAGACCACCUCAUUCUGUUUUUGGGCCACGCCCGGUUUCGCAGAACUCGAAUCUAAGUUCACCACAGAACCGCCAACAAGCAUACGGCUCACCAUCCCAGGUGUAUCCUCCUCGGAUUUUACCGGCUCAACAGCAAGAUUCAAAAAUUUACCCCCAGCUUUAUUCCAAGUCUCCAGGUCCUCAGUAUGAGUCUGCCAAUGCAAAUUCACCUGUGGUCGACACGAAGAAGAUAGAGGAUGAUCUACGGCGAGUACUGAAGCUUGAUGCCAACCCGGGUAUUCAAUCGAGCAGCAUUCAGAGUUCACUCGCAUAA